CCGCGGGAUUUCCUCCCCUUCCGCUCCGCCAGCGGCGGCGGCCGCGAGCUCUACUUCUACGAGGAGAAGGAGGUCGACCUGAGCGACAUCAUCAACACGCCGCUGCCCCGCGUGCCCCUCGACGUCUGCCUCAAGGCUCACUGGCUGAGCAUCGAGGGGGUGCAACCCGCCAUCCCCGAAAACCCUCCUCCAGCCCCCAAGGAGCAGCAGAAAGCCGAGGCCACGGAGCCGCUCAAAUCCACCAAGCCGGGGCAGGAAGACGACGGGGCCCUGAAGGGCAAAGGCCAGAGCGUGGCCGCCCCUGACGGCAAAGGGAAGGAGAAGAAAGGCCCGUUGUUGGAGGGAGCCCCGCUGCGGCUGAAGCCCCGCAGCGUGCACGAGCUCUCCGUGGAGCAGCAGCUCUACUACAAGGAGAUCACGGAGGCCUGCGUGGGCUCCUGCGAGGCCAAGCGAGCCGAAGCCCUGCAGAGCAUCGCCACCGAUCCCGGUCUCUACCAGAUGCUGCCGACCUUCAUCUCGGAGGGGGUCCGCGUGAACGUGGUGCAGAACAACCUGGCGCUGCUCAUCUACCUCAUGCGCAUGGUGAAGGCCCUGAUGGACAACCCCACGCUCUACCUGGAGAAAUACUGUGCUCAGGUCAUCAAGACGCUGAUCCUGCCCCGGCUGCAAGUGGAGGGCGAGCGAGUCCGGAGCAUCCUGGAGGGUCCCGUGGUCAGCAACAUCGACAAGAUCGGGGCCGACCACGUCCAGACGCUGCUGCUG